UAUUUGCAACAGCAGGAAGAAAAGGCUGGACUGGAAAAGAAAUGAAAGAACUUAAUUCUGCAUAAGCCAGUUCUUUGCGUUAUUUUUUUUAAUGCUAUUUAAAAUAAACGGCUGCUUUUAGAACGAGAAAUUCUGUAGAAUGUUUACAAGUUUAUUUUGUUUUUAGUGCAAAUCUUUUAUUUCCGCGUACUUCGCCUGGAGUUAGGAGGACGGGCGAGAGCAGCAGCAGCAGCGCUUCCCAAUCGUCUGGUUUUCAUUUCUGCUGGGGCACAAGAUGAUUGAAACGUUGGCAGCAAGUGAGACUAUGGAAUUGCUGCGGCAGCUGAGUGUGUUACUGGAUCAAGAGUUAAGAUGUCAGCCAAAGUUAUCUGGCCUGAGAAUAAUUGAAUCUGCUCAUGAUAAUGGGCUCCGGAUGACGGCAAGGUUGCGAGACUUUGAAGUGAAGGACCUGCUUAGUUUAAUUCAGUUCUUUGGCUUUGGUACAGAGACGUUUUCUCUCGCAGUGAAUUACUUAGACAGGUUUCUAUCAAAAAUGAAGGUACAGCCAAAACACUUGGGCUGUGUUGGGUUAAGCUGCUUCUACCUGGCUGUGAAAGCGACAGAAGAAGAGAGGAAUGUUCCAUUAGCCACCGACUUAAUUAGAAUAAGCCAGUACCGAUUCACAGUUUCCGACUUGAUGAGAAUGGAGGAGAUUAUUCUAGAGAAGCUAUGUGGUAAAGUGAAAGCAACGACUGCCUUCCAGUUUCUGCAACUUUAUCACUCGGUCCUACACGGCAGCCUAACCUAUGAAAGGAAGAAAUAUCUUAAUUUUGAGAGACUUGAAGCCCAGCUCAAGGCAUGUCACUGCAGGAUUGUUCUUUCGAAAGCAAAGCCAUCUGUCUUGGCUCUCUCCAUAUUGGUCCUGGAAGCUGAAGAAGAAAAACUGCUAGAAUUGGAGGGCACCAUAGAACACCUUCAAAUACAUUCCAAGAUAAAUGGCAGAGAGCUGUCUUUUUGGAAAGAUCUUGUGUCAAAGUGCCUUUUGGAAUACUCCUCAAGCAAGUGCUCCAGACCAAAUGUUCAGAAGCUGAAAUGGAUUGUAUCCGGCCGAACGGCACGGCAGCUAAAGCACAGUUACUACAGGAUCGCCCAUCUUCCCACUAUCCCAGAAAGUGGUUUCAUGAAAGAGAAUCCAUAAGAGAAGAUGGGAGUGCAGAUUUGGCUAGGAUCUCCUUUUGUACUGGAGCAGAGAAUCACAGUUGGAUAUAUCUUGAACCCUACUGAAAACCAAUAUCCAUGCUCAUUUUAAAAUGUUGCUACUCAUUAUAUCAAUAGUGUUUGUUUUUAACCCCUCAUGA